AAGAGCAACAAGGAGAGGAAAAGCUAAAGCACAGAGGAACUGAACCGAAGCUUAAGCUUAAGUUAGAGAGUAAAAAUGCUGAGAUUUACUCUGUUAUUGUUUCUUGUUUUCUGUUCAUCUCUCGCUUCAUCUUCAGCUAGGCCUGCACCUUUUGCUAUGCGCAUAAGCUGUGGGGCUCGAGAAAAUGUCCGAACUCCACCAACAUAUGCGAAUUGGUAUAAAGAUUUUGGAUAUACAGGUGGAAUUCCAGAUAAUGCCACAAGUCCAAGCUUUAUCACUCCUCCACUAAAAACACUUCGAUAUUUCCCUCGAUCUGAAGGUCCUGAAAAUUGCUAUGGUAUAAAUAGAGUACCAAAGGGACACUAUACUGUUAGGAUCUUCUUUGGACUAAUUGCACAACCUGACUUUGACAAUGAACCUCUAUUUGAUGUAUCUGUCGAAGGAACUUUGAUUCAUUCACUGAAAUCGGGUUGGACCAGCAAUGAUGAACAAUCGUUUGUUGAAGCCCUUGUUUUUCUUUUAGAUGGCACAUUAUCUAUUUGUUUCCAUAGCACUGGUCAUGGAGAUCCAGCGAUUAUUUCUAUUGAAAUUCUUCAAGUUGAUGAUAAAGCAUACAAUUUUGGUCCCGAAUGGGGCAAAGGUGUAAUCCUGAAAACAACUUCAAGACUGACUUGUGGCACGUCAAAGCCAAGAUUUGAUGAAGAUUACAGCGGCGAUCAUUGGGGUGGAGAUAGAUAUUGGCACCCCAUCAGAACUUUUGGCCAAAAUGCUGAUGAACCGAGAUCCACUGAAAAUGCCAUUAAACAAGCUUCAGAUGCACCAAACUUCUAUCCAGAAGCCCUUUAUCAAAGUGCAGUUGUUAGCACUGAUAGCCAGCCAGAUUUAGCUUAUACCAUGGACGUGGAUCCCAAUAAGAACUACUCAAUAUGGUUACACUUCGCAGAGAUUGACUCUUCGAUCAGAGGUGCAGGCGAAAGGGUAUUUGAUGUUAUGAUAAAUGGUGACACUGUAUUUGAAAACAUAGAUGUUGUGAAGAGGAGUGGUGACCGCUAUACUGCACUUGUACUUAACAGAACAACUGCUGUUAGUGGUAGGACACUGACUAUAACCCUUCACCCUAAAAGUGGCAACCAUGCUAUCCUUAAUGCUAUUGAAGUCUUUCAAGUUAUAGCAGCUGAAUCAAAAACUUCACUGGACGAAGUUAGGGCUUUACAUGCAUUGAAGAAAGCUUUGGGGCUUCCUACUCGUUUUGGGUGGAAUGGAGACCCAUGUGUCCCCAAGGAGCAUCCAUGGAGUGGAGCUGAUUGUCAUUUUGAUAAAUCUGGGAGCAACUGGUUCAUCGAUGGCCUUGAUCUUGACAACCAAGGUCUAAAGGGGUUCUUGCCUGAUGAAAUAUCCAAACUACAUCGCCUACAGAGCUUAAACUUGAGUGGAAACACAAUUCAUGGGGCCAUUCCAUCAUCACUUGGAACAGUCACCACCUUACAAUUCUUGGAUCUCUCCUACAAUUCCCUCAACGGAUCAAUUCCUGAAGGCCUAGGACAGUUGACAGCAUUACGCAGAUUGAAUCUUAAUGGCAACUCUCUGUCUGGAAGAGUCCCGGCUGCGCUUGGAGGAAGGCUUUUGAAUGGAGCUAGCUUCAAUUUUACUGAUAAUGCCGGCCUCUGCGGCAUACCCGGACUACGUACGUGUGGACCGCACCUCUCUGCUGGUGCAAAGGUCGGCAUCGCCUUCAGUGCAUCUCUAGCAUUUUUACUUCUAGUUAUCUGUUCGGUUUGUUAUUGGAAAAGACGGCAGAAUAUUCUUCGAGCACAGCAGAUGGCAGCCAGAGGUGCUCCUUAUGCAAAAGCAAGGACUCAAUUCUCGCGUGAUAUCCAGAUGUCAAGGCAUCACAAUCAUCAUCAUAACCAUGGCAAUACGCGGACAGCCGCCGAGAAUGGACCUAGUUUGCUAUCGUGAUUAAAUCGGUUGAUACAGACAUCUCAGUUUCUUUAGUUCAUGAUAUUUCUGCCAAAACAGGUCAGAUACCCCCAACAAUCACACUAAAUGCGGCAUUUCAUUUAGCUUGUACAUUUUC